AUGAAUGACACUGCCAUUGCCGAGAAGAAAAACAGGAAUCUGGCCGGCUCGAAGAUUGAAUUGACUGCGUUGGAGGCGCCAACAUUGCUUGUUUCCUUGGCCAAGAAGGAGUUCCUGGCUACGGCGGCACCACCGCCGGAUCAGAGCAAAAUGCGUCUGAAGGAAACCAAUGCAGUGGAUACAGCUCAAAUGAGCCUGGAGCUCCCUCCACACUCAGACCACGACAAUGGAAGUGGCAGCCUGUACUCCAAGGACACCUGUGGCGCCACGUUGGAAGAGAAGGCUGAUGGAAGUGGAGACGUGCGGACAGAUCUGCAAGAGGCAGAAGCUCUGCUCAACCUAAAGGGUGGCAAGGGCGAAAAGGAGAAAGGCGGCGGAAAGGGAAAAGGCAGCAACGCCACUGGCAACGUUGCCAACGACACAGUUGUGGCAGAAGCUCCGCUCAACCUAGAUGUCAAGGGUGGCAAGGGCGAAAAGGAGAAAGGCGGCGGAAAGGGAAGGGCCAAGGGCAAGGGCAAGAAGGGCGGUAAGGAUUCCGCUGGCAAAGGCAACUGGGACCGCCAUGGCAAAGGAAAGGCCAAAGGAAAAGGCAAGAAAGAUAGCAAUGGCCAUGGCAAAGGUGCCAACGGCCCAGAGCACCAGCAGGUGAUGCCAGGGACUCAGUUCAACAUGGAUGUCCCCGGUGGCGAGGGUGAAUGGGAGAAGGGCUACCGCAAAGGCUGGGGGAAGGGAAAGGGCAAGAAGGGCAGCAAGAGCAAAGGAGCCAACGAUGCAGGUCACCAGAAUUUCAAGGGUGGCAAAGGCUAUCGAAACAAGGGCUAUGGCAAAGGAAAUGCCAAAGGAAAGGGCAAGAAAGGAGGCAAGGAUUUCCAAGCCAAGGGGGGUUGGGACAAGGGCUACGGCAAGGGCAGCCCCAAGGGUAAUGGCAAGAAGGGAGGCAAGGAUUUCCACGCCAAGGGUGGUUGGGCCGGUUGGGACAAGGGCUAUGGAAAGGGCAAUGCCAAGGGCAAGGGCAAGAAGGGCCUCGAGCAGAUGUGA